AUGGAAAUGGAAUCGACGGUGACGGAAGUUGAAAAUCGGAAGACGAUUGGUCAGGAGCAACCGAAGAAGCCGAAUAAGCGGAAGAGAGAAUCAGCCGCGAUCGAGAACUUAAGUUCCGAGGAGAAAGAGGCUCAGAUCUCAUCGUUGAAGCAGGAGAUGAAAGGGCUUUUCGAGUAUUUCAGAGAAACGAUGGGACAGCCUCAGACGACAGAUCUGUUUUCAGGUUCGAGCGAUUUCUCCUCCGUGAACUCAAUGGUGGCUUUGUUGAUGGAGGAGAUGAGCUUGCCGUUGUCGAAGCUCGUGGAUGAGAUUUUCUCGAAAUUGAAAGAGUCGAACGAGAGUGUCACGAUGGCUUCCGUGAAGAGCGCUGUUGUUUCUGUGGGUCAGAGAGUGAGUUACGGUGUGCCUAACGCAGACGCCGAUGUUUUGGAAGAUGAUACUGAGUCUUGUCUCUGGUGCUGGGAGACGAGAGACCUGAAAAUGAUGCCAAAAUCUGUUCGUGGAUUGCUAAAAGUUCGAAGGACAUGUAGGAAAAAGAUUCAUGAAAGGAUUACAGCAGUUUCUGCAAUGUUAGCUGCGUUACAAAGAGAAGGAACUGAAAAGUCGUGCAGAUCUGAACUGAGCAAAGCUGGUGAGAAGCUUGGUAAAAUACUGAGCGAGGUGGAUAUUCGAUCGUUUAUGGGUAACAUGUUGCAGAAAAAUAGUACAGAGAUGGCUGAGAAAGAUGCGAAGCGGGAAGAGAAAAUGCUUCUGAAACAAUUGGAGAAAGGUAAAUGUGAAGCUGAGAAAGAAAAGAAGAGAAUGGACCGUCAAUUAUUGAAAGAGAAAUUGCAACAUGAAAAAGAGCAGAAGCUACUGCAGAAGGCACUUAAUGACGAUAAAGAAAAAGAAGAGACUGAGUCGAGAAAAAGGCUAAAGAAACAGCAAGAUGAGUCAGAGAAGGAGCAGAAGCGUAGAGAGAAGGAACAAGCCGAGUUAAAGAAGCAACAUGAAGUACAGAAACAGGCUUCGAUCAUGGAGCGGUUUCUUAAAAGGAGCAAAGACAGUUCAUCGACCCAACCCAAACUUCCUUCCGUUGAAGUAACUCCUCAGAUUCCGUUAUGUGAAAAACCUGAGAGUGAAACUAGAACUGUUAUUCAGGCCAUUGACAAUGCCUUUGCGACAACUUGUGAAGCUACAGUUGAUGAUAUUCGCAGGGCACACUUUGCUUCCUGGCGCCAGUUGGGUCAUUCGCUCUCGAUUUCGAAAAAGCAUUGGGGGAUGCGUAGGCAGCCAAAGAGUGAACUGUUUCCAAAACUUAAACUUUCUACAAAUAGGGGUGCAACAUCUGAGGGUGAACCUCACAUGGAGAAAGAAGGGGAUGAAUGUGAAGAGAAAAACUUGGAUGGUGUAUCUGGCAUUAGUCAGUCCGAGUCUUUGUCAUCUGAUCGUAAAAAGUCCAGGAGGGCCAAGCAGUUAUUACAAUUUGAUAAAAGCUGCAGACCAGGCUUUUAUGGUAUCUGGCCAAGCCAAAGCCAAGUUGUAGGUCCACGUCGUCCUCUGAAAAAGGAUCCGGAAUUGGAUUAUGAAGUUGACAGUGAUGAAGAAUGGGAAGAGGAACAAGCUGGUGAAAGCCUUUCAGAUUGUGAGAACGAUGAAGAGGAAUGCUUAGAAGACGGAUGUUCAAAGGCUGAUGAUGAGGAUGAUAGUGAAGAUGGCUUUAUGGUCCCUGAUGGAUAUCUCUCAGAAGAUGAGGGAGUCCAAGUUGAUAGAAUGGACAUAGAUCCGUCUGAACAAGAUGCAAGCUCGACUCCAUCUAAGCAAGAUCAAGAGAGUCAAGAGUUUCGCGCACUACUCCAUCAACAAAAGCAUCUCCAAAGUUUAACAGAUCACGCUCUAACGAAAACACAGCCACUGAUUAUCUCUAACCUGACGCAUGAGAAAGUCUCUCUCUUAUCCUCUAAAGAUCUAGAGGGUACACAGAAAAUGGAACAGAUAUGUCUUCGAGCUCUCGUGGUACGAGCAUUUCCCUGGUCGUCUUCUCUCAUUGAGAUAUCCAUCGAUAGCUCGCAAGGCGAAGAUCAAGAAACCAGAAAGUCUUAUAGUCAGAGCACUCCUCCACCUUCAAGAGCAAGAUCAAUACCAGACUCAGAUUUGCUUACAGUAGUAUCAACUAUUCAAUCCUGCUCUCAAGGUAUCAAUAGAGUAGUUGAAACAUUACAGCAGAAGUUCCCUGAUGUUCCAAAGUCUAAAAUAAGACAAAAAGUGCGCGAGAUAUCAGAUUUCGAAGAAAGUCGUUGGCAGGUAAAGAAAGAAGUAUUGACAAAGCUUGGAUUAUCGCCGUCGCCGGAUAAAAGCGUAAAGAGGCCGAAAACGAUAUCGACGUUCUUCUCAAAACGAUGUUUGCCUCCAUCGGCAAAGCCACAACCCGUAGUUGAAGAAACAGAGAGAUUGGGAAAUGAGAAUGAAUCUUAA